AUGUCGAAGCCGAGCGCCAAUAGCGCGGCCGCCCGAGACCGAACAAUUCGUGGCAUCGUUAGCCAGUUGACGUCCAUGUACCUCCAAAACCGCACCCGUAUAUCUCGCGCCGUCUACAUCACACUCUUUGUCGCCCUCAUAAACAGGGUGCGACAUGCUAUCCAGGAGCAAAAGGCUGCCUCGGUACGAGAGGCGACAAAGCGCGCCGAGAAGUCUGGUACAACAUCGACUGCAGAUGGAGAGGUGACAAAGAAGAAGAAGGUGGAAUUGAACCGGGAGUUCUUCCGCUCGUUGCUAAGGUUGUUGAAGAUUGUGGUGCCAGGAUGGAGGAGCAAGGAGACGAGGCUGUUGAUCAGCCACAGUUUCUUCUUGGUGAUGCGGACGCUCAUCAGCUUGAAGGUGGCGGCGAUGGAUGGUGCGAUCGUCAAGGCUCUGGUGAAGGGCAACGGAAGGGAGUUCUUGAUGCGCAUUGUGUGGUGGAUGUUGAUUGCUGUACCAGCGACGUUUACCAACUCGAUGUUGUCGUACCAUCAAGCUGAGCUUUCGCUGCGGUACAGGACACGCUUGACGCAGUUCAUCCAUGACAAGUACCUCUCGCAGCUGACCUUUUAUGGUAUUUCUGCGCUUGAUGAUCGGAUCAAGAACCCAGAUCAGCUUAUUGCUGUCGAUGUGGCCAAGUUCUCGAAUAGUUUGGCCGAGCUGUACAGCAACUUGGCCAAGCCCCUUCUCGACAUGACAAUCUACACAUUCUCCCUCUCGAAAUCUGUCGGCGGAGAAGGCGUCGUCUUCAUGUCUCUUCUCGUCCAGCUCUCAGCGCACGUCAUGCGUGCGUUGACACCCCCAUUCGGGAAAUACGUGGCCGACGAAGCCAGACUCGAAGGCGAGUUCCGCUUCCAGCACUCGAGAUUAAUAGACCACAGCGAGGAAGUCGCCCUGUACGCCGGUCACGAAGCCGAAAAGGACACCCUCGACAAGGGCUACUUCACCCUCAUCAAGCACGUCAACUACAUUCUCCGCCGCCGGUUCUACCACGGCUUCAUGGAGGACUUUGUCAUCAAGUACUUUUGGGGCGCGCUCGGGUUGCUGCUGUGCAGUGUUCCUGUCUUUGUGAAGCUCCCUGGCCAAGUGACGAUGAACAUGGGUGACAGGACUGAGACCUUUGUGACCAACCGUCGCAUGUUGCUGUCGGCGUCGGAUGCCUUUGGGCGCAUCAUGUUCUCCUACAGGGAAAUCAUGGAGUUGGCGGGUUACACCUCCCGCGUGUCGUCACUGUUGGAAGUCAUGGAUGAUAUUCAGGCGGGGCACUUUGAGAAGAAGCUUGUGUCUAGCUCGGGCACCGAAAACAACGAGGCUGUCCUCAAGGGAAGAGGCAAGGUUGUUGAGAGCAGCAACAUUGAGUUUAUCGAUGUACCCAUCAUCUCCCCCAACGGCGACGUCCUCGUCCCAGCCCUAACCUUCAAACUCACCCCGGGCGACCACCUGUUGGUCGUCGGCCCCAACGGCUGCGGCAAAUCCUCCCUUUUCCGCAUCCUCGGCGGGUUAUGGCCCGUAUACGGCGGGACAGUCCACAAACCCCCCUUCACAGACAUCUUUUACAUCCCCCAACGCCCUUACCUCUCCCGCGGCUCCCUCCGCCAACAAAUCAUCUACCCCGACGGCCUCCGCACCAUGCGCUCCAAAGGCGUGACCGACUCCGAUCUCUUGUCCAUCCUGAAAAUUCUAUCUCUGGAACACCUGAUCGACCUCUACCCCGAAGGCUGGGACGCGGAAGCCGAGUGGCGCGACGUCUUGUCUGGCGGGCUACAGCAGAGGGUGGCAAUGGCCAGGCUGUUUUACCACCGCCCUAAAUAUGCCAUUUUGGAUGAGUGUACCAGCUCAGUGACGCUCGACACGGAAAAGGUCAUGUACGACAAUGCCAAGGCGCUGGGGAUCACGCUCAUGACGGUAAGUCAUCGGAGGAGCUUGUGGAAGUACCACACGCACAUUUUGCAGUUUGACGGGCAGGGGCACUUUGUCUUUACGAGGCUGGAUGCGGACAAAAGAAUGAAGCUGGAGGAUGAGAAGGAGGAUUUGGAGGUGCUGCUGAGGCAGGUGCCCGAGUUGGAGAGGAGGGUGAGGGAGUUGAGUGAGCUUUAG